CGACCGGGACAGAUCGUGACCGAAAUUAUCAGCCCUAGGGGCAAAUAUUUUUUCGAAAUUUUCAUUUGAAUUCUAUCCGGAAGUUUCAAUUCGAAGGCUCCUUUCGAGUUAAGGGGGUGAUCUUAUCAGUGAAAAUGGGUAUCGAACAGCUCGGGUACAGUGUGUUCUUUAUAGUUCUGACCAGUUCGAUCGCUGCCAUCGCCCGCCGUUUGAAUGACAAAUUGUCCAAAGAUGGCCUAGUGAAGGAGCUGAUCUUCGAGGCUAUAGCUGCGGCGGAACUUUGCGGCUGCUGCUUCGAGCUGAUCAUCGUGGCUGACAACUUUGGAGUGGCAACCUAUGCAGUGUUCCUGUUCACGCUGACGAUCUGGUGGGGCAUGCAAUGGGGUAAUGCAACUGCCUGUCCCUACACUUACAUGGAACAGAUCGUGCAAGGUGAAGUCAGCUUCCGGGAGGCUGCCCUAAAGAUUUGGGCCCAACUGAUGGGUGGAUGCUGCGUCUACCGGUACGUUCAGCUGUACUGGUGGCUCGAAAUGGCCCAAACUCACGAAGGUCGCGCUUUUGAGGAGUGCGCCGCUGAUCUUAAGGUCAAUCUUUACGUGGGAGCGGUCAUCGAGGGCUUUGCUACUCUGUGUUGCCGCUUGGCCUCCAAGGUGAUUUCCGAAAAAGAUGCCAAAUUUGGAGCAUUCAUUGAUUCUUUCAUCGGAACGAGCCUGGUCGUUGCUGCUUUCAACUAUUCCGGUGGAUAUUUCAACCCGGUUCUGGCUACCUCCCUGAAGUGGGGCUGUGCCGGCAAUUCGGCCAUCGAACACAUCGUGGUAUACUGGAUCGGAUCCUGCGUGGGUGCAGUUCUGUCCGUACCGCUGUUCAAGAUGACCAGCUUCCGCAAUAUGUUCCUGGCCGACAAGGUCAAGGCGGAAUAGAAGCGAAGUCACCGUUUUUACAAUCCAACUCAAAAAAAGUCGAACAUAUUCUAGUCAAAGAUAUUCUGCACCAAAGGAAACAGAAUGUAAAUUCGAAUCGAUAAUGUUAUUUCAUCUAUCCCUGCACCUCAAAGAUGCAUUUCCAUCCCUAGUUUUUAAAUCUUUUAUCCGUACUGACGACGAAUUUCGAAUAAAGACGUUAUUUAAUGUGUU